CCCCAUUCCCCACUCUCUCAUCACACUCUCUCUCCUCACCUCUUAUUUUCUCAUUAUAAUAGCCAAGAAGCCCUCAACCGAACCCCACAAAGCUCACAUACUCUCUCUACGCAGUUACUUAGUUUUAGGCAUAUUUAGGCAAAAGGGGUGAGAGAAAAUGCCCAAACCAAGUGCAUUUUUGAGGCAAUUGAGUGGAAGGGAGGCGUGGAAAUCAAAAUCAAUGAUGUGGGGUGAUGUUGGAAAUAACAAGUCUUGCGGUGGUUUCAGUGGCGGAGUUGGGCUGUCUGAGGGGAAAGGAGGAAGCUUUCAGCAAAUGGAAGGGCUUCAAAACAUGUAUGGCAACAACAAUGGUGGUGGUGGUGGAGGAUUCGGAAUGAGGAAGAGAGUGAUGGUGGUGGUGGAUGACUCGUCACAUUCCAAGCAUGCCAUGAUGUGGGCCCUCAGUCAUGUUGCCAACAAGGGUGAUUUGCUCACUCUCCUCCACAUCAUCCCUUCUUCCCAUGACUCUUCCUCUACCUCCUCCCCUUCCCUGGCCAACUCCCUUGGCUCCCUAUGCAAGGCUUGCAAGCCUGAGGUGGAAGUGGAAGCUCUUGUGAUCCAAGGACCAAGAGUGGCAACAGUGAACAGCCAGGUUAAGAAGCUUGAGGUUUCAGUGCUAGUGCUUGGUCAGAAGAAGCCCUCUCCCCUCUUCAGCUGCUUAUUUGGAACCAGCUCCACCGAGGAUUUUGUGGAGCAUUGCAUAAACAAUGCAGAGUGUUUGACAAUUGGAGUGAGGAAGCAAAGCAGAGGUGUGAGUGGCUACCUUAUCAACACCAGAUGGCAGAAGGAUUUCUGGCUCUUGGCUUAAGUGUGUUCUCCUUCACCUCUAAUGAGAAAGGAUUAAGGAUUAGUGUCUAAUAAGUGACUAAGAUUAUAGAUUAACUUUGUAAUUUUACCAUCUAACUAUUUACUCACUAGAUCAUCUUUCUUUCUGUAUUAACCAUUAAGUAGGUGAAGUUAGGGUAAGAGGAGUUGAUGUACUGAGACUUUAUCAAGUGCAUUUGCAUUCAAUCUCUAUUAAAAGCUUUUUACUUUAGAUUUCAACUUGA